CCUACCUAUACCUAUACCUGAUGAUUACCUAUACCUGAUGAUUUUCAAUCCACAGCUCAUUUUCUUUAAUAUGUGACAAACCUUGCAAAUUGUGAUAAUAUGUAUCAAAUUAGUGGUCCGCAUAACCCAAUAUUUGAAAAUUAUGGAGGUGCAGGCCCAAGUACUUCGAAUCAUCAACAAGAAAUCCAAGAAAGAACAGCGAAGGAAAAACGUGACAAGAAAAGUGUUUUCUCGACUCGAGAUGUUAGAAGGUGCUAAAUCAAUAGGUGCCGGAGCUGCUACAAUUGCUUUAGCCGGAGCUGCUGUCGGUAUUGGAAACGUCCUCAGUUCUUUGAUUCAUUCCGUGGCGCGAAAUCCAUCAUUGGCUAAACAAUCAUUUGGUUAUGCCAUUUUGGGCUUUGCUCUCACCGAAGCUAUUGCAUUGUUUGCCCCAAUGAUGGCCUUUCUGAUCUCAUUCGUUUUCCGAUCGCAUAAAAAGUCAUGAGAUCAAAAAAGAAAUGUGAGAAUGUAGUUACAGAUGUAAAAAAA